UUUUCUACAAGGACUGCAAAGGCUUGUACUUGUCAUAAUCCAGCGUCAGUGAGAAGGGAAAAGUGAGGUCCGACGUCGCCCGGCACGCCUCCGUGUCACCGCGCACACACAGCCUGGAUGAGCGCAAAGUGUCCGCUUCAGCACCUGAGGAGAGGACAGCUCCGCUCUGGACCUCCUGUCCGCAAACUCCACUCCAGCUUUUUAAUGUCAACACUUCCAGUCUGACUCUCUGCUAAAGUAGUGUGGAAGAAGUCUAAAGACCCGCUGACGGAGAGAUCCGCGACUGACUGUGUGCUCAAUAUGUACCAGGGGCAUUUACAGGGGAAAGACUCUAGGGCUGCAGAUAAGACUGUUGCCAUGGUCCUGAAGGAGAUACCAAGUAAGGCGUCAUCAGAAGGGAAGCCCCUCCUCACAGUGACUACCAAGCUGGUGAGUGAGCAACAAGAGAGCCGCCCGCUUUUAAGUCCCUCCAUCGACGAUUUCCUCUGCGAGACCAAGUGUGAUGGAGUUUCCCGCCCAGUGACUUCCAACACAGCUGUUCUGUCUUCAACACUGGACCUGCUGGAUCUCAGCGAACCUGGCGAAAGGAGGAGCAGCAAGGACAAAAGGAGCCCCCUGUCGUCCCGGGGCAACAGUCAGAAGAACAACCCUCACAGGAAGAAGACAGAUGAGACGGAGCUGAUCCAGGUGGAAGUUGAACAGAUCGGAAAAAGCAUGAGGACCCCAGAGAGGGCGUCACUAGACUCAGUUACCAUUGGUUCACCGCUGGAUAAAUGGGAGGAGCUGAACCCCAACCCUGAGAGGAAUGGCAACAGAAAAUGGAAGAUGGAGAGACGGCGAUCUUCUAAAAAUUCAUCCAAUGAGUUUCUGUGGUCCAUAGACUGUAAAACCCAAUUAGAGCCAUUGAACAAGAACUCCUUGGAAGCAAACACCAAAGUGGAGCCAGAGUCUGCUUUAGCAUCUCAACUCAACAGGCAGUAUAUUAGUGGAAGACAUGCUCGCCUAAGCAAGGAGCAGCGGUGGGGCAGCGCCCUCCUGUCCAGACACCAGUCCCUGGAGGAGGAGUUUGAGCGAGCCAAGGCUGCUGUUGAGUCAGAUACCGAGUUCUGGGAUAAGAUGCAGGCAGAGUGGGAAGAGCUGGCUCGACGGAACUGGCUGACGGAAAACGAGCAGGCGCAGAUUCCCUCCAGUGUCUCUCCACAUGAGAAGGGUUACUACUUCCACACAGAUAAUCCUUAUAAAGACUUGCCUAAUGCAUUUGAAGAGGGACUAAAGAAGUCUCGAGAGGGAGACUUGCAAAACGCUGUCCUUAUGCUGGAAGGAGCUGUCCUGCAGGACCCCCAAGAUUCAGAGGCUUGGCAAGUGCUGGGCACCACGCAGGCUGAAAAUGAGAAUGAGCAAGCAGCAAUCGUCUCCCUCCAAAGGUGUUUGGAGCUCCACCCAAACAACCUCCCAGCCCUCAUGGCUCUGGCAGUGAGCCUGACCAACACCGGUAUGCGCAACGAUGCCUGUGAGGCCCUGCUCUGCUGGCUGCGACACAAUCCAAAGUACAAGCAACUGCUGAAGGGCAAGCCCCACCUGGGAUCCCCGAUCUCCCAGCGCAGGAUGUCUCAUGCUCCCAACAUUGGCAGACAUGAAAGCUCCCUGCUACCAGAGGUCAGGGAGCUCUUCCUGGAAGCAGUUCAGCACAACUCUGACAGCAUCGACCCGGAUUUGCAGACGGGCCUUGGGGUGCUUUUCAACCUCAGUGGAGAGUUCAACAAAGCUGUGGAUGCCUUCAAUACGGCCCUGUCAGUGCGGCCCGAGGACUACCUGCUGUGGAACCGCCUGGGGGCCACGCUGGCAAAUGGGGACCGGAGUGAGGAGGCCGUGGAGGCUUACACACGGGCCCUGGAGCUGCAACCAGGCUUUAUCAGGUCCCGCUACAACCUGGGCAUCAGCUGUAUUAACCUGGGGGCACACAGAGAGGCGGCCAGUAACUUCCUGACUGCCUUGAGCCUCCAGAGGAAAAGCCGGAGUCGCCAGCAGUCCCACCAGGUGAUGUCUGGAAACAUCUGGGCUGCUCUGAGGAUAGCUUUGUCCAUGAUGGACCAGCCCGAACUCUUCCAGGCUGCGAACAUUGGGGACCUGGAUCUCCUCAUGCGGGCCUUUAACCUAGACAUUUGAGGAAUGGAAGGUAGUGACAAUAGCUUCACCGACCUUCACUUACUCUACGAUUUCUACCCAACAGCCAAAAGCCCAAAGUGCACACAUCAGGAUGGAUCGGAUCUGAUGUUAGAGACAUUAGUGUGUUUUUUUAUGCACGUCAAAAUUAACUACAGUCGUCAAAGUUGUCAUAUUUUCGCCCAAGUAUCUUGGAGCGGUUCUGAGGACAGGUUCUUCCAAGUGCUUGAAGUGACUGCUUUGUGAUGGAUUUGCACCGCAAUUUGUGAUUUCCCUGAAGAGCACAAGGAGGGGCAAAGAUUGUACGAGCAAUGCCUUAGAGAACACAUCAAUUAAAAACUGACUCAUCCAGUGGAACAGAGCUGAGCCAGGAGAGACAGCCGGACAGACAGACUGCUUGAGAAUCUCACAGAGGAGCCCUCACAUGCUGUUUGCAGAGAAAAGAUGAGGUUUUGAGAGAGGAAAAAAAUGUUUUGUUAUCCAAUUACUGUCAAAGACUCAAGACUGUCUCGCCCUCCUGAAGUAUGGAUUUAGUGAGCAAAUGAUAAAGACUGCACCGUGUGACCUGGAGCUCCAAAUUCUGUUCCUGGCUUGUUUUCAUCCUCUUUCAAUGGAGAAUAAUGAUACUGCAUGAAUAAGCAUUUUCAUAAAUGGAUUCUUGUUUAAAAUUAACAUACUUUUAGAAGUUUUCCCUUUGCACUUCAGACAAACAUAACUUCCUCAACCCAAGUGGAAUGUGCAAGCCAGGUUGUAAAGCCUUACUCCAAUGCAUGCGAACAACAAUAUUUAUUUAUACUAUUUUUAUGGCAACACAAAAACACUAAGCCAUUUUCAGACUGGUUUUGAUUUCUUUAAAUAACUGCCAUCUUCUGAACUUGAAAGCUUUCUGAGCCAUUCAUUUUUUUCUUUUGUUGUUGUUUUUUUGUUUUGGCUCCUAGCUUCUCUUUGUUCCCUUUAUGCUGACUGGAUGGAGAAAUACACACACGAAAGCUGGGCAGCACUGAUCUGUAAAACCUUCAUUAGUGUGGAAACUUUUUUCAUAUGAACAAAAGUUCUUACAGGUCUAAAAAUAGCUCUUUAAUUUUGUGGGAUAGCUUUAAUAGCCCUCGCAUUUGAUGAACACGCCUGACUCUCAUUUUCUCCACUGUAUUCAUUUCAAUACAGUAUAAUAGCAUUACAGGUAAUAGAUGUGUAGCUGCAAGUCAAGUCUUAAGGAAGCUUGGAGUAUUUUCUAAUGCAGUCAUUUGUAUCUCUGCUGCUCCCCUGCAGGCAACAGAGCUCAUACAGUUAAUUAAAUCAGCCUUCCUCAGCCAUCAUGCAUGAUUUAAAUAUUUAUGAAAGCUCGGGCAGAAUGCUACAGAAAAAAGCUAUUUAUUUUACCAUGUGCAAAGUUCAGUUCACACAUAAACAUUAAGUUAUCAUCCACAAAAAAGACGUGAUUGUAUGAAGCCAGUUAUUGCAGAUAAUUCCUCAGCACCACCACAGAAGUAAAGCUUUUAAAUAUGCUUUUUUGGCUUCUCUAGAGUCAUUCAUGCUAGUUUGAAAGUCACUCUGCAAAGUGAACAUCCCUUUCCUCGCCGUGCAACAGAGUAAAUGAUAGACAAUCUGCUGUUCUGUAUAGCUCAGCACCUCUGUGUUUAUCAGGCGUGUCCACAGUCUGGGCAUGCUAUAAAAAGUGGGUUUUUAUUCUCAGAUCCUAUGCAAAAGGUCAUUUUUUAUGUUGCCAGUCUGAAUUGUCAGUUUGUCCCCGUCUGCCUCAGUGGACCAAAAGCAAGUGGCGAUUCUGUGCUUUGAAAAAACGCUAUCAGGGGAAAGCAGAGACCAGUACGAGAGCCAUUCAUCUUCCAAACUGUACAGCCUUUGAUGUCAUGGUCUGAAUGAGAAGAAGUGUUUCAUUAGGAAGCUGGGGGAGAACAAAAACAAGUGUUCUUUUUCAGGAGAGAAACACCGUCAGUGAUUCUGAACAGAGCAGAGCAGCAUCCACGAAAAGUGUAGCCUUCAUGUUUUAUAACCCCUAGAGUAGCCAUAUGACCUCGCACCUGCCGAACAUACAUCAGGCUCUGCGAUCAGAUAUAUGUUUCACAAGUUCUCUUUGAAACUCACCUUAGAUGCACUUUGGGAAGAAAACAAAACUGUUGUCCAACCAGUUACAUCAAUAUGUUAUCCACUCGUACUUUCAACAUAACAAGCAGAAUGACAUUUCAGUCUGAAACAGAUGAGUAGCAACUGCAGGCAGAUACUUUAAAAAAAACCUUGGCAGAGAGUCUCUGUGGCCAACCAUGAUGUUUAAUAGAUCAAGGAGGCAGAGGAGCCCAGUGAGACACAGCACAUAUGUGCGUGCCACGAACAAUCUGCAUCGGAGGGGGCUGACAGUGGACUGCACAAUGGCAAGGGCAAUGAGGCCGAAGCAGAAGUGAAUGCACAAAUGUAUUCAGAUAUUUUAUUAUGGUAAAAGAAUUGGAAGUGUAGCUUCUUUUAUAUAUAUACAGAAAUAAUAAAUACCGUAGUCAUAUCCUGAUAAAUAUUUAAUUAUUGAUAAAUUACUGGAUAAGUUAUUUUCAGCCAUGCUAACAGCAGCAUGGCUUUACAGAUGGAAAUGUUGGUCCACCACUUUGGUUCAGAGUUAAAUAUCUCGGUAAUUGUUUGAUGGAUUACCAUGAAAUUUGGUUCAGAGAUUUAUGUUCAUCAGUGAAUGACUCCCGCUGACUUUGGUCAUCCUAUGACUUUCGCUUUUGUUACUGAAAUAUCUAUUAAAUGGAUCACCAUUGAAUUUGGAAUACCUAAGGAUGAGUUUUAAAAACGUUGGUGUUCCCAUUUCUUGGGAAAUAUGUCCAAUAACUUUACGUAUAAUAUUGUUUAUGGCCGAAUAAGAACUAGAGACAUUCUCAACAGUGAGUUUACUGCUAAAUAGCAACUAUAAGUACACGCACGCCAAACUAAGGUGUUGAACAUGAAGAACAUUAUAUCUGUGAGACAUCAGUCAUUAUGAGUCCUACAGCCUGUAGGAAUAGAAUUAGGACGGACAUUGAACUGGCUGUUGUUGGCAUUUGACUAGUUUAAAAGAAAAUAGUGAUUGUUGGUAGUUGUUAUAAAACAGAUGGCAGUUAUCCACUCUCCUCUCCUGACGAGUAGUCUCCUUAGACUAGUCCUAGUGAGGAAGCGGACUGUUAGACCCAGCCGGCUUAUUUUCUGUAACCAGACUAGCAUUAAACUUGCCAGAAUUACCAAGCUAGCUGGCUAACUGGCAGAUGGCUGGGCGACCCAGUGGCACACCCAGUAGAGUGCAUACCAUAGAGGCAUUGUCCUCGUGAGCGGGCGGCCCGGGUUCAAUUCCGACUUGGUGCCCUUUCCCUCUGUCUCUCACUAUCAAUAAAACCUUGAAAACGGCCCAAUAAAUAUCUUUAAAAAACAACAACUAGCAGAUGGCUACCUAGUCAACCAGCUUAUUAAUUUGGCCAUAUUUAAUGCUACGUUAAAGUUGUUAAAUUUUCAAUUCAGCACUCCGUACCUCACCUCACUGAGCAUGUGAGUUGCCGCAAGUAGGUUUAUAUGGAAAUUUAUCCACUAUAAUGGUCACAGUUCUUUGCAAUGACAAAGCCAUUUUCCCCCUAAGAUAGCAAAGUCAUUACCAACCCUCCUCUGUCUCUGAGGCUAGAACUUGUUGAUUUGUUUGGUUAGGUUUAGGCAUGAGGACUGAGGUUGGUUUGGGCAAGAAUACCAGAGUCGGCCAAUCAGAGGGAGAGUAGGGCGAGUCUUGCCUUCACCAUCCUGGUCAAAAAAUGAUCACAUAAACAUAAAAAAGACCAACCUGCUAUGUUUAUUUGAAUGGGAAUGUCCAUUCUGUUCAUUAAACGUCUAUGGUACAGCCUCACAGAGCUGCUAGCUGCUAGCAUGCCUUUAGACUCUGUCUUUCUUGCAUCUGUGUUACAGCUGAACAGCUACAUUUAGCUCAUUUCAGAGGCUCCCACUGAACAUCUGUUUCAGCCAAGUGUUUGCUUCUGCUGACAUCCAUCAGACUGAGUGAUGGUGUAUGUGCUAACACUGCCUGCACCUUUCAUACCAGCUUUCACCCUCUUUUCUGUAGCCAUAAACCCAAUCUAUCUACAAGAGUUCCCUUAGAGAUUGUUCAGAGACAUGAGAGCAAUUCUUCAGGCCAGUAUUCCUCCAUUUUUAAAUAUGAACACGUAUUCUGUCCCUGGUCCUCCCGCCUGUCUUUUGUGUCACCAGUCGACUGUAGAGACUGAAAACAUGAUGUCUGGUAAAUGGUGAUUUCCAAAUCAACUCUAGUUUUCUUAUGAGGUUGUAGGCCUUCGCUUUUUUGCAUUUCAAGAUACUGUAGUUGUGUUAAAGAUGAGAACCUUAUUUUUUUAAAGAAACCUUUAAAUUGCUGGCUUAAAAAUCUACUGUGCACGCCACACUGCAGCGCAUUGAGAUAGGAUGCCUGGUGACAGUUUUGUUUUUGUAGAACCUACCUACCGUACCUUCUCAGGUGAACUGACCUAGCUUAACGCAUGCUCCUGAGGAACAGAUCGAGGUUGAUCGCAUGCCAGAUACUCUACAUUUAUUUUUUUGAAUGCUGAUUUAAUUUGUAUGCAUGAAAUACAUGGAAGUGCUUUCUUUUGCUCCCACUAACUUAUAAAAUGGAAUAUAUCAUGAGGUUUCCUUGCAAUAUUUCUACAAUGCACUUUUAAAAUCUGCUACCUUGACAAAAAGUGAUGUACAUAUUCAGUAUAUAUUCGACACAAGAUGCUUUUUCUUGCAUAGAAUGAGCAAGUGUGUGCAGCUCGAGCAGAGAAUCGGUGUGAUCUCUUCCGAACAUGCCAAUACUUGAGCUUGAAUAAUGGUACAUUGCUACAACUGGCUAAUCAUAGUUAUAUUCUGUAGAACUUUUGUAAUUAUGGCUUCUACAAAUUAUAAAUGUACUGAUAACACUUUCAGUAACCCCAGCCUCUGUGUUGUUACCAACUGCUUUUAAGAGUUGAAACUUGAUGCUGCUCAACUUUAUAACAAAUAAAUGGUUUUGUGCACAUUCAUAAAUUAUUAAUUGUUACUGGAUUGGCUCCUUAGUUUUGCAAGCAGAUGUGAAGCUUAAUGUCUCUUUAAAAACAUUUAAAUCAAUUAUGUUCUGUACCAAGUUCAUAAUGCUUCGUAUAUGGAUGCCCAAAAUGACAUAAAUAACAACAAAAAACCUACUGCAGGUCAGUUUUAUUUUAUUGCAGCUAGUUAUGACUCAUACCAUAUGACAUAUGGUUCUGAGCUGUUGGUCUUGAUUGACAGACAAAGACAUCGAGAUGAAAGGCGGCAUUGCAAAAUAAAAAGGUCAUUUUCGAAAAGGGUGUUGUAAAAUAAAAACAGACACUUUAAAAUAAAAAAAGAACUGCUGGAAUGAUCAAUAAAACUGAUCUGCAGUGAACCAUCUUAUUGUGAAAAGAGGCAGAAUGAAAUAGCAUCUCAUACUGAGACCUUUCUAAAAAAUAUUGAUUUUUGUUUUUGUCAGUAUUUCAUUAUUAUGUUAAUGCAUUUUGUCUAAAUGUAUUCAUAGUGUUGUUUAUGUUAUUGUGUCUUAAUUCAGAUGUUCUGCAGAAUUCACCAAUAACACCACACAGAAUAUGUUUUAAUGCUUCUUGAUCAGUAUGAAAGCAUGAUGGAAAAGCAGUACAGACAAUAUGGCCUUAAAUUAUUCAUUAUUAUAUCACAUUUCUGCAGCACUUACCAGCAGUAUACAACAAUAAUUUCUAAUUAAUAAAUAUAACUGCCAAUUUAAACUCUCCAUAUUUAUAAAGCAUUUAUGGCUUUGUGGUGGUAAUAACAAUUUAUAGAUGUGUUUAGUCUUCUGCAUUAAACAUUUAUAAAAUGUUAUGAACAGCAUCAUUGGUUGGGGUUCAUGAUUGUUAUCAGUACAUGUUGUGUACAUUUCUUUCUUCACUCCUUUAACUCGACAUGUGUACAAAGGCAGUUUGUGCCGGUUUAUUUAUCGAUGCAUCAAACGUAUGAAUAAAAUGAUAUUUUGAUGAAUGAACUUAGAAAUUAUAUACUUUAUAUACAGUAUGAAUUACUUACUGAAACACCUACUAUAAUGCAUAUUACUCUCCCUGUAUAAUCACAAGGAAGGCAUUAGCACCUUUGAAACGUACAAUAUGAAAGUAAUCUUUUAAAAUAAACUGUUGUUAUAUA